AGCCAGAGUAAAAAUCAUCAUUCUCAAGCAGCCGGGUGUCAGAGAAGCAGCAUUUUUCAGAUUCUUCUUCACACGAGUCAAAAAUUAUUAUAAAAAAACGCUAAAUUUUUGUGGAAAAAGAAGUCCCUUCGUGCAAAACAUUCCAUACGACAUGGAUUUCUACUUUUACGAGCCGACUGUUGUGCCGACUGAUGGAUUUGAUGCUUCCUCUGAUGCUAAGGCACUGCGUAAGGCGAUGAAAGGAAUCGGAACUGAUGAGGAUGCCAUCAUUUCCAUCUUGUCGCAGCGAGCAUUUUUCCAACGCCAGGAGAUUAUUCAAGUGUACAAGAGCGACUUUGGACGUGAUUUGAUCAAGGAUCUGAAGGAUGAGUUGGGUGGAAAAUUUGAAAAACUGAUUCUAGCACUUAUGGAGACUCCAUACAGCUAUCUCGCUACUGAGUUGCAUCGGGCUAUGAAAGGAAUUGGGACUAAUGAAGAUGUUCUUACUGAGAUUUUGUGCACACGUUCUAACCAGGAUAUUCAUGGUAUUAUUACGGCCUACCAAGAAAAGUUUGGCCAAUCUUUGGAGGAUGCCAUUGGAAAUGAAGUUUCUGGACAUUACAAGCGUCUUCUCGUGAUGCUGCUUAAUGGUGCUCGAAAUGAAACUGCAGGAGUUGACAUGGAUGCGGCUGUGGCUUCUGCCCAACUUUUGUUUGAUGCUGGAGAAGGAAGUUUUGGAACGGACGAGGAAGUAUUUACCAGUUUGCUGUCUCAUCAUAGCUUCCCCCAACUGCAAGUGAUUUUCGAUGAAUACCGUAAAAUUUCUGGAAAAACUAUCGAGCAGGCUGUGAAGGCCGAACUUUCUGGAGAUAUUGAAACCGCGAUACUGACGAUCGUGAAAUGUGCCAACAACCGGAAUCGAUACUAUGCAGUCAAGUUGGAGGAAGCAAUGAAAGGAACUGGGACGGACGAAGAAACCCUUAUGCGAAUCAUUGUAUCCCGUUGCGAAAUUGAUUUGGGUGGGAUCAAACGUGAAUAUCAGGACUUCUAUGGAAAGACUUUGUACGACUCUGUAAAGAAAGAAACCAGUGGAGAUUUCAAAAAUGCUUUACUGGCUCUUAUUGGUGAUGCCUGACUUGUUUCGUCAUGAACUUUUCAUGUUUUGACUACUAUUACUACUUGAUAUUUUCGCUAUAUAUUCAAUGAAUAUGGUGCACUGUUUUUACUUGAAAAUCAUUAAAUAAACAACUGCUCUGCAGAAAUUAAACUCCA